GUCGCGCAGCCGAAGGAACGGCCCCAGAAGGCAAGAUGGCGACUCAGCUCGCGGCGAGACGCUCCUCCCAGCAUGCCUAGCGGCCGGCCCGGAGACGAGGCCGAGUGAUGGGGAUCCGGCGGGACCCUGUGAGCCGCCGGGGCUGAGGCGCAGCCGCGGGCCUGGGCGUUGGACGCUCGCAGAGUGCCAAGAUGGAGACGUGGCGCUGUGUGAGGAGGGGCUACGGCCGCUGUGUGGCGGGGCGAGGCCGGUACUCCAUGUUUCCCUAUCCUCUGAAGAGUUUGGGUCGAGACUGGACCUCACCGUGGGAGGAUCUGCAGAGGUAUUGCUGGAACAGACACAUUUCCAGUUGUCUGAGGUGGCCUGGACAUUACUCACGUUCACCAUACCCAUACUUCAGUAGCAGGCAUUUCUCACUGAACUGUAGACCACCUCUUCUGUUUGAAUCUGGAACUCAGUUUCAGUACUGUAAUUGGAGACCUGACCAUCUAAGCAACACAUCCUUGAUCCGGCUCUCCAGUUACAUCAUGAACUCUGACAAAGAUGAGCCCUCAUCCAAACGAAGAAAACACCAUGGAACAAUAAAAAGGAAUUGGGAGUAUUUAUGUAGCCAUAAUAAAGAAAAAAUGAAGGAUCUAGACGGCAAAAAUGUUGACUCCACGUGUGAGGACAAUGAAGAAAAGUUUGACUUUUCAGUGAUGUCUUACAAUAUACUCUCACAAGAUUUACUGGAGGAUAACUCGCACCUCUACAGACAUUGCCGACGUCCAGUGUUACACUGGAGUUUUCGGUUUCCCAAUAUUCUGAAGGAAAUCAAACAUUUUGACGCAGAUGUGCUUUGUCUGCAGGAAGUCCAAGAAGAUCACUAUGGAGCAGAAAUCAGGCCGAGUCUGGAGUCACUGGGCUAUCACUGUGAAUAUAAGAUGAAGACAGGAAGGAAACCUGAUGGCUGUGCCAUUUGCUUCAAACAUUCCAAGUUUUCACUCCUGUCAGUGAACCCAGUAGAGUUCUGCCGCCGUGAUAUUCCUCUGUUGGACAGAGACAACAUUGGAUUAGUUUUACUCUUGCAACCCAAAAUCCCACGUGCCACCUCUCCCUCCCUCUGUGUAGCUAACACACAUCUGCUAUACAAUCCACGGCGAGGUGAUAUAAAGCUGACCCAGCUGGCCAUGCUGCUAGCAGAGAUUUCCAGUGUGGCCCAUCGGAAAGACGGUAGCUUCUGUCCCAUCAUCAUGUGUGGUGACUUUAAUUCUGUUCCUGGUUCUCCACUCUAUAGUUUCAUAAAGGAAGGAAAAUUGAACUAUGAAGGACUUGCAAUUGGAAAGGUGUCUGGCCAGGAACAGUCUUCACGGGGACAGAGAAUUUUAUCUAUUCCAAUUUGGCCCCCAAACCUAGGCAUCUCACAGAACUGUGUGUAUGAGGCACAGCAGGUUCCCAGAGUAGAAAAGACAGAUAGCGAUCUGACACAAGCUCAGCUGGAGAAGACAGAGGUCCUAGUGUCAGCUGAAAAGGUGCCUUCACAUCUCCGGCACCACUUCAGCUUGUCAUCUGUUUAUUCUCAUUACCUUCCUGACACUGGACUUCCAGAGGUGACCACCUGCCACUCCCAAAGCGCCAUAACUGUUGAUUAUAUCUUCUACUCUGCAGAAAAGGAGGACGCUGCCAGGGGUCCAGGAGCUGAAGUGGCUUUGGUUGGUGGCUUGAAACUUCUGGCUAGACUGUCGCUUCUUACAGAACAAGACCUGUGGACUGUGAAUGGACUUCCCAAUGAACACAACUCUUCAGACCACCUGCCUCUACUGGCUAAGUUCAGGCUCGAACUCUGACUCCGUUGCUCGGUCACACAAUUUCCUGUCUUCUCAGAGGCUGUAAAGAUAGUCGUAACUGUUUGCAUGCUGUUCAUUUCUGUGCUUGGGGUUCUGAGUUUGCUCUAUGCUUGAAACAGGUUGGAAGAAACAAGUUUACAACAGUUUUUUAAAAUGAAAUUAUUUUCCUGACAACUGAUGUCUAACCACUUUAUUGUAAAAAGAUAUAAAUAACUUCUGAGUCCUGGUAAAGUGAACAGCAUUUUGAAGUGUAGUUCAUCUCCUGGGCUCUCCAGACAUGAAUUCAGUGCUUUUCCGUCCAUCCAGUGGACCUACCAGGACUUGCAAAGCUCAGGUUGUUGCCUUUUCUGGAGGCCUAAUUUCAGUGGGAGAAGCCUGUGCUUGUUGAGAGCUAAUCAGUUCUUAGAAAUCACGGGGUCAUUCAUUCACAGGUGUCCAGCCACAUUAGCUUCUGAAGAGGCUUGAUGAUGCUCUUGAGUUGUACUAAUAUAGAGACCCACUUCACUGCCAUCCUGAGCUGUGGGAUAUGCCUAUACUUUGUUGAGGAAAUAGUUGAGAAAUGCAGGUCACUCUCAUAAGAGGGCAAAGCUCUUAGCCAGAUAAUGGUGGUACAUAUUUGUAACCUUAGCGUUUGGGAGGUGAAGGCAGGAUUAGCCAUUUAAAGCCAGCUCUAGCAACAUAGCAAGUUUGAGGCCAGCCUGAGAUACAUGAAACCCUAUCUGUAAAACACAACAAAACCUGGGCGGUGGUGGUCCACACUUUUAAUCCCAGCACUUGGCAGGUAAAUCUCUGAGGUCAAGGCCAGCUUGGUCUACAGAGUGAGUUCCAGGACAGCCAGGACUAUUACACAGAGAAACCCUGUCUCAAAAACUGAAAAAAGGUCAAAGUCCUUUAUAUAAGCCCACCUCUGUUCUGUAGAGGGGUUGCCCCCAGGAAAGCAGAUGAGCCAGGUGCAGCCAUGCACACCCUUCAUGCCAGCAUCUAGGAGACAGGCAGGAGAAUGACUGCAUGUUCCAGGCUAGUCAGGGCUACACAGCAAGACCCUGUCUCAAAGACAGACAAAGCGGUGGCAGACCCUGGCUUGUACCUCUGUCCCCCUGUCUUCUUUUCUGUUUAGUGACAAUAGAAGGCCCUUGGGUCAGGAGUGACAUUUUAUUGAAUCAGUUUUGUAUAAAUUAAAAAAAACAGUCUUUGGAAGGAAGUGGCGGCUCUACAGCUAUUUGUCAUUCGCCUCCAACAUGCAGAAGCCAGAGCAUAGGGAGGCACAGCUUAGACCUGGGAGCCCCCCACUCCACACUCUUGGAAGCCGAUGAACUGUUGGCUGCAGGGUCGUGCUUUCUGGUACAGUGGUGCAGCAGUGUGACAUGGCGCUCACACAGCAGGUCUGAUAAGCCCUGUACACAUGUCAAGUGAAAGACUUACAUAGAAGUAGAAAUUCCCUCCGCUUUCUAAAUGUAGAAUCAGACUGCCGGCAUUUUUACUAAGUCCUUGCUGUGCAGUAAGUUACAUAUGUUUUCUACAGUGAGUUUUAUUAAUAAAAUGCUUUAAAUUAAGACAAUAAGUCUUGGCAAUUUAAAUUUUUAACUCAUUACAGUUAUUUUUGGUGUACUAGAUGACUGCCUCAGAGGUGUACAGAUUGUGAAGACAUGGCCAGUGAGAUCUGCAGUAAACAAAGGGUCUCAACUUUGGUUUUCAUGGACAGUAUUAAUCAUGGUGCCAUGAUGCCCACAGUUUUCAGUACUUUGUGGAGUGCUAAGUAUUCUGGUUAGUCUUUAUCAAAUUAGUAAUUGUUCCUUUUUAAUAUUGGGGGGGUGUUGAGUGGUGUUGGUAUAAAUAUCACUGUUGGCAAACUAACAUUCCUGAAAACCUCUGUAAAAAGUUUUUAUAUCCUAAUGAAUAUAUUAUGAGUUUAGCCCCAUUUCAUACACUUCUCUUUGAUAGUUAACCCAUAAAUUACUGUUCAAUGUUAACCUGUGGCCACAGACACUUUUCACAAGCUUUUAGAGCUCCAAUAAAAAUGAUCUAUUUUCUUUA